AUGAGGAAUUUCUCUCGUACAGCCAAAGUCACGCCUACAAAUGCUGAUAUAUCUGCUGAAUAUACAGCCAAUGGAUCACUAGUCAAUCGCGGAUUUAUCCGUCGAUUGAAUCCAAUGAUUUUUCUAACUGCUUGUAGUGGAUUUGCGAUUUUAGUCAUCGUUGCUGCAUUGAUUGUCUUUACAUUUCUACCAAUAUUUACCACAGCUAAAGGCGACCAAACAAAAUAUCAAAUUCGUAGUGAUGUCCUUAAGCUUGUUUAUAAUCUUCCCGAUCGAGACACGAUUUCACCAAUGAAUUGGACAUAUGAAAUCAAUGAUUUAGACUCAGACAAGUUGAUGAUUCUUCAAAACCUGUUACAAGAUCAACUCAAUCUGAAGAGAGUGACAAAAAGAACAAGUUUGGUCAUUUUAGACGCUUAUAUAACUCGUGAAAAUUCACCAUCAACAACGAAAGUGUUUGUGUCUCCGGUUACCCUCGACAACAAUAACAAUACGAUUAUCAUCAUCAGUCAACCUGAUCAUAACACACAGAAGAAUGCUACGACACAACUAAUCAUCUCGAUGAGGCUGCGCUACGCACUUGAAUGUGCUAAACAAUGUCAAAAUGAUAUAAGAGAAUCAAUCUUUGCUCAAACAUUUCAUAGUUUGGAGAUACCACUGGAUAAAUUCCAACAAUUAUUUACUACCGAUGCUAAAUUGUCAAAAAAUACAAUAGUUUCAAAUUCUUCUUUAUCAGCUACACCAAAUCCAUGUCCGACAGUUUCACCUCCAAUAAUUCUCAACUCAACUGUUAUUAUGGCUAGAACUUAUGAAGCUGAAUCACUCUUGAAUACAUUUAUCUUAACAACAAUCGAAUCAUGUUUGGUUUGUUCCAACCAACUGAAAGUUAGUCAUAUCGGUUUUAAAAAUGAACUUAUCUUUCAGCAAAUUGUUAGCCACUACAGUGGACCAGUUGUUAUUAUUUUCUAUUAUACAACCGAUCGAGUGCGAUCAGCUGGAAUGAUUGUCAAUGAAAUGUUACCAGCAACGAUGAUUGCGUUUCCAGCCAUGCCCACAAAUAAAGAUAUCGCUUCACUGCCGGUCACAUUGAAUCUUUGCUUAGGAAUGAAUUCUAUCCGUAUUUAUAAUACAUAUGAUUAUACACCUGACUUCGAUCGAAUCAUUGUCUAUUGA